GACGAAAUGAAGUCGUGCAUGAACGCUCCCCUGAUGUCGUCACAGAACGCUCUUGUAACAGUUCGACGACGUCGGAAUACAAUACACGCACUUUGUUUUGUUGAAAAAAAACUUCAUUUUGUGCAAAUAUUCUGCGAAAAAUAUGGAAAACGUUGCACAAAUAGGACUUCCAACUAUGCCAGCCAUGGUGCCUGAACAGAGUCAACCUUUGCCACUGGCUUCAAAUUAUCGCCUUGUAAAUGGAAAAGCCUGUAAGAUACCACGCCCAAUGAAUGCAUUUAUGUUGUAUGCUGUUGACCACAGAAAGAUUCUCUCGAAACAAUACCCUAAGGAACACAAUAAAGAAAUCAGUAUGAGACUUGGUAAUAUGUGGCGUGAACUCCCAGAAAAUGCAAAGAAGAGAUACUUUGAUUUGGCUAAACAAGCAGAGCUACAACACCGUAUGAGAUAUCCCAACUACUCUUACAACCCUAAACCAACCAAAAAGAAACGUUCUCUGGAAGGCAGAAGAGAUGAUAUUCUGAUGCUUGGUCCUAAUCCUAAUCAAAAAGAUCUAAGUGAAUUGCAAAAGAGUGAUGGUGUCCUAAGUUCCCUACUAAAAUAUGACUCCCAAAGACAGCCCCUUGUGUCUACUCAGGCCAGUGUCAUGCACAACACCAGCGGAGGGAAGAUGAUUCCUAUGCAAAAUGCAAAUGUACAGGCCAAUGGUCAAUAUAUGCUGCGAUACCCAGCUCCAAUGGCUGUACCCCAGGGAAUGAUGCCACGUCCCCAAGGUAGGAUGCCACAUCCCCUAAUGAUGUUCCGAGGUCCUGCUCCCCAAGGCAUGGUUGCUGUUCGAGGUUCCAAUCUACCCGAUGGAAGAAAUAUCAAUCAGGCCUGUGGUUCUUUGCUUGAAGGCAGCCCUCCUAGACAGGCAGACUUAGGAAUACAGAUGCCCAAUCAGCCUGGUAGUCAUUUCCAGUCACUAAAGCAUCAAGGCAGUCACUUCCAGCCUGUCCAACCUCAACCAAGAUCUCCAGGGAGUAGAUAUGCCCCUUAUCCUCCCCCUAGAUUUGUCUACAUGCCCUGUAAUAUGGCAUAUGCUUCCAAGCUUGGUUGGCCACAAGAUGGUAUGCAGCACCCUUCCUUCCCUGCUCAACAGGUGCAACACUUUGACAACAACAUGAAUCCUCAGAACAGCUUUGAUAACUAUGGAGGUUACUUCCAAAUGACUGAUCAGAUGUUUGGUAACCUGGAACAGCCAGCUGAUGUGAACAACACCACAGAGAGCUUAUCAGAGGAUGAUGAUGAGUCCAACGAGGCCCUAGGUGAGGAACGUAGCUACACUGACCUGUCUAAUGCCAGCCAAGAUAUUGUUUAUGUCCAAGAUAGUAACAACAACAACGCUGCAGUGGCCCAGGAGGACAAAGUGGAGACAGCCCAGGCUACUCAGGCUCUACUUGAUCUUGUCUCUAAUGAUACUACCGCAGACCCAAGACCUUCUGAGACUGUCAUAAAAUGGGACCGUGCCACUGAUAAAUACAUUGUAAGCGAGAAGCACCCAGAAAUCAUGAUCACUUCUUCUUCAUUCUUGAGCAAUACACUGAACCAAGACAAUAACUCCAUGGACUCACUGGGCAAUUUUAUGGUAACUGAGAAACAAUCUGAUGUCAUGAUACCAUCGCCUUCCUUUUUGAACAACGCAGUAGCUAUAGAUAAUUAUCCGCAAGAUGUGAAUGCUGCUCCAAAUGUAGAGUCAUUGUUUGAUGGUACGGAUGAUUCAGAACCAUUUGUGCCUCAGAAUUGUCAAGUACAGAGUUCACCAAGUAACACAGGUUCAUCAAUGGACCAGGCUAGUAUUGUAAAACGUGAGAAAAUCUGAAUUAGAAAAAUACCAUUUAAGCUAUCUGUGCCAGUCUGCCAUUGUCUGUGUGUAACAUUUCAAACUAAUAGAAUGGCAUCAUUCAAAUAAAAGUCGGAGAAAAUUGAUAUUGAAAUGAAACAUGAGAAUAUGUACCUAAGUGUUUAGUUAGGUUGAAUGCUUGCCUAGUCACAUGAUUAUCAUAGUCAUAUUAUUUUAUAUUUAUAUAAAGUGCACUGCUUCAAAAUUUUGUUCUUAAUUUUAGACACAAGUAAUACAAUAUUGUGACCAAAAGGUCAUUUUAGAUAAAUUGAUGCCAAAAUACGUUUUGGUCAAAAUGUAUUGAUGUAAGCCCACAAAUGCAAUUAAUAUUACACUUGAUUUCAUGCAUGUAAUGUAGACUAACUUAUUUUUGCAAAAAGUUAAUUUUAUGAAAAUUUGCAAUGGACAUGUCCCGGGCCUGGUUUAAAGUAGCUAUAGAUAUGCUAUAUGUUAUUUAUAUUUAUUUGGGAUUGCAUUAUUGUUAGAUUAUUUCAUAAACUUAAUCUAAAAAUGAUUUGAUGUUCGCAAUAUUGUUGUUAAUAUUAGACAAAUCACAAUAUAAAUACUAAUUUACAUUCAGUUUAAAUGACAAGAAAUGUAGCAUGUCACUUAUCCUGAUUUCAUAUUCCACUUUUGCUGUUUUAAUUUUGGGAAAAUGCUCAGUUUAGGCUAAGUUAAUUUUUAAAAAAAGUUCAUAAUCUCAAUGAAUUGAAUUGGAGGUGAUUUCUAGAAUGGUGCACUGAGCAAUUGUGGGAUCCAUAGCUAACUACAGAUCAUUUUCAUUUACUGACUGGAGAUAUUCAGUUAAAUCAAUAGGGUGACCAUGAAAAUGCAACCCAUUGUUCUUGGAAUAACUUUGUCAAAAAUAGUGGCAUGCUUUCGUCUUUUAUCAGUUUAUUGUGUAGAUCAGUAGAUAAAGUGCUCAAUGUAAACAGUGUUGUACAUGUACUCAUAUGGCAUUGUAUGGCAUCAAGUAUUUAGGUUCUUUCUUUGCCAUUAUUUGCCUAAUGAGAAAUUCAUUUAUGGAUUGCUUUCCUUCACGUUGUCCUUAUUUAAAAGUAUCCUCAAAUAAUAUGUACAAAGAAAACACAGCACAGAUUCACUGCAAAUAUGUAAACAAACAAUUUUAUCCACUGACUGUUGGUAAAUUUAAACCAUCAUUGAUGAGUUCUUGUGUUCAUUUUAAAACAAUUGUAACUUAAGAUUUUAACCUAAAUGGAAGUUACUUUGUGCCUUUCCACAAUGUGAAUUAUGGGUUACUUUUUUUGAGUCACCCUGUCAUUUGCCAAACCUUACUAUUAUUAUACUUGUACUAUUUUUAUGUAUCAUGUUUAGAUAACUAAUAUAUAAUAAUAAUAUAUAAAUAAAUUAAUAUAAUAUUGAAAUAUAUAUAAA